AAUCCCUCAUAAUUUUAAGUCUGUGCCACCCCGACGCCCCGUCACUCGUCAAACCCAAUUUAGAUCGGUAACGGACUCACCCAAGUGAGACGCCCGGUUUACGUUGGUUAGGCGCGAAACCCGUAACUAGGGUACUGACUCGCCCCGGGUUAGUCUUAACUAAGUCUUGGUCAUAAGGAUGAGAGACUUAGGGCACUGCGGUAGGAUCAAUAAAUAAAAUCAGAUCAUCCAACCAGAGUUAAGUUAACAUGUCUAUAUCUUCAUCAUGGGUACUAGAUACUGGAUGUGGGUCUCAUAUCUGUACUACCAUGCAGGGACUGAAGCAGAGUAGACGGUUAGCUCGAGGCGAGAUUGAACUCCGAGUCGGCAAUGGUGCACCUGUUGCAGCUUUGGCAAUCGGAACUUAUAGUUUAGUCUUGCCUAGUGGUCUAAUGUUGGAAUUAAACGAUUGCUUGUACGUUCCUGCAAUUAGCAGAAACAUUAUUUCUGUUUCAUGUCUUGAUAAGAGUGGUUUCAUCAUUUCUAUUAAAGACAAGUCCCUUUCCGUUUACAGAAAGAAUGUUUUCUAUGCUAAUGCCAACAUGACCAAUGGGUUAUAUGUCCUUGACUUGGACAUGCCUGUCUAUAACAUAUCAGCCAAGAGGAACAAACCGAACGGUUUGAACCAAACAUACCUAUGGCAUUGUAGGUUAGGCCAUAUAAACGAGAAACGCAUAUCCAAGCUACAUCGGUCGGGAAUGCUGGAGUCAUUUGAUCUUGAAUCAUAUGACACAUGCGAAUCUUGUUUAUUGGCCAAGGAAGGUGUGUGGCUCAAGAAUUUUAUUACUGAGCUUGGAGUGGUUCCUAGCAUCAAGAACCCUAUACCGUUGUUUUGCGACAACAAUGGGGCAAUUGCACAAGCGAAAGAACCUCGGUCUCACCAGAAGACCAAACACAUCGUUAGACGUUAUCACAUCAUACGAGAAAUCGUUGCACGUGGGGACGUUGAGAUUUGCAAGAUAGACUCCGGAGCAAGUUCGUGUGGAUACGUUGGAGGCUUCAUACGUUUGGCGCUACGUUCAUCUCCUCAAAACCAUCCCCGACCAUUCCUCCGUUCUCCGUUUUCACUGUUAAGAGGAGAGAAGGUCGGCGACUUCAUAACUCGGUGGGAGAAGGAGGCUAGGGACGUGCACGGGGCGGAUGACCAAGCUUUGGUGGCCAUGUUCCAAGCAGCCCUUCCCUGUGGAGAGGUUAGGAAGGAGCUUCGAAGGAAUCCUCCCCCCACGUACCAAGAAACCCUGGCGCGCGCUAUGUUCUUGGCCUCGGAAGAGUUCGAUGAUGCUCCCGACUCUGAGGCCGCGUCGGCUAAGCGAUCUCCUGCAGACUCCGGAGAAGCCGCGAAGAAGAGGAAGAAAAAGAAAGUGUUGAAACACGGGCUUGUCACGUUUUCGUACUAAAGCCGUGUUCGUUUUUGUAACAGGUUUUGAUAAUGCCAAACCGCCGUGAUCAAGUCGAACAUUGAAUAUACAAGGCAAAGAACGAAGAUAAGAGCAAGAGCUAAACGAAGACCAAGAACGAAGACCUUAGUCAUAGUAUUGAGUCGGUCUUUAUUGUGAUCAAGACCGACCCAAUCUUUACACCUUGGCUCUUUAGGCUAAAAUCUCUCAUUGCAUUUCUUACAUCAUAAAAAUGUUUUUCAAACUUGUUUAAGUCAUUAAAAACACUUGGUGUUC